AUGAAGUUCUUUGCUUCGAUCUCUGCUGUCAUUGUGACAUUCGCCCUGACCGAGUCCGCCAAUGUUACUACCCAAGGUCGACCAUGGGGCUACCGACAAAACCCCAACAUGGUGCACCCCUCCCAGUGGGCCGAUAAAUGGAAAUCCUGCGGCAGUGAUCGUCAGUCUCCUAUCGACAUCGUCACGACUCCAAGAUCCACCAAGGGCCAGAAGCUUCCGCUAGUCUUCAGUGGAAACUGCCCCCAGUUCAAUCUAUGGAAUCCUCAAGAACCGCUCGAGGCGGACGUUGUUGGAGGUAACUGUGCUGUUUCGUUGAACGGCGCGGCCUAUAAUAUGGCACAGUUCCACCUGCACGCUCCUUCAGAGCACACGCUAAACGGCAAACAGAUGGACGGUGAAGUUCACUUUGUGCACUUGACCGAGGACCGCUCGGCAAUUUUAGUAGUGGGCGUCUUCCUUAGAAUCUGCUCAAAAUCAGACGAAUGGCUGGGUCCUGUUCUUGACGCUCUUGAGCAGGUCGGCUCUACUGAGCGCUCCAAUGCGUUGCUGGUGAAUCUGAGAUCGUACUCUUCUCUGGUCCAGAAAGCCUAUAAAACCGGUGGCAUCUACAACUACGCAGGAAGUCUCACGACCCCACCCUGUGAUGCAACGGUUGACUGGUGGGUAGUCCAGGACCCGAUUCAGAUCUCUGCCGCCGACUUUGACCGUCUUCACCAGGACUUGAUCAAGUACAGCAUCACGGACAACGGCAACAAUGCUCGCCCGACGCAGCGUCUGAAUGGUCGUGUCGUUGUUCGUUACAACUAG